GGAAUGGUGCCCCCAGGGAAGAAACCCGCAGGAGAGGCCUCCAACUCCAACAAGAAGUGCAAGCGUUACUUCAACGAGCACUGGAAAGAGGAGUUUCCCUGGCUGGACUUCGACUAUGAGCGGAAGUUGAUGUUUUGCCUCGAGUGUCGCCAGGCCCUGGUGCGGAACAAGCAUGGCAAAGCGGAGAAUGCCUUCACCGUGGGCACCGACAACUUCCAGCGCCAUGCCCUGCUGCGCCACGUGACCUCGGGGGCCCACCGCCAGGCGCUGGCCGUCAACCGGGGCCAGCCCACUUUUGAGGGCCACGCCGAGGGAGGAGGGGCCUACCCAGAUCUGGAGACGCCCCCCACCUCCAGGAGCGUCAAGAUGGAGGUGGACCCGGCCAAAGUGGCCGUGCUGACCACGGUGUACUGCAUGGCCAAGGAGGAUGUGCCCGACGACCGCUGCUCCGCCCUGCUCGAGCUGCAGAGGUUCAACCUGUGCCAGGCCCUGCUGGGCACAGAGCAUGGCAACUGCUACAGCCCCAGGAGGGUGAGGGACAUGCAGGUGGCCAUUGCCAGUGUCUUGCACACAGAGGCCUGCCAGCGCCUGAAGGCAUCCCCGUAUGUAGGGCUGGUGUUGGACGAGACCAGGGACUGGCCUGAGUCCCACAGUCUGGCCUUGUUUGCCACUUCGGUGUCCCCCUGUGAUGGCCAGCCGGCUACCACGUUCCUGGGCAGUGUGGAGCUACAGGAGGGUGAUGCCACUGCUGGCCAACUCCUGGACAUCCUGCAGGCCUUCGGUGUGUCUGCAGCCAAGCUGGCCUGGCUCAGCUCGAGCCUCCCCAGUGACCGCCUCGGGCACGUGGGCCCACAACUCCGCGCUGCCUGCCCACUGCUCACCGAGCUACACUGCCUCCCCGGCCGGACAGAUCCUGAGCCCCCGGCCUACCUAAGUGAAUAUGAAAGUGUGCUGGAUGCCCUAUUCCGCCUCCAUGGUGGCCCCAGUUCCCACACGGUCCCCGAGCUCCGGGCGGCACUGGACCUUGCUGCUGUUGACUUGGCGGGACCCCGGCCAGUGCCCUGGGCGUCCUUGCUGCCUAUCGUGGAAGCAGUGGCUGAGGCUUGGCCUUGCCUGGUGCCCACACUGGAGGCCUCUGCCCCAGCCUCCCCUACAGCGAGGGCACUGGCCCUCGCCCUGCGCCAGUUCACCUUCGUGGCCUUCACCUACCUGCUGCUGGACACUCUGCCCACCGUGCAGAAGCUCGCCCUUGUCCUGCAGCCAGAAGAGCCAGACUUGGCCUCGCUGCAGCCCCUGGUGAUGGCGGCCGCGGCCUCCCUCCAAGCGCAGCGCAGCUCGGGUGGGGCGCGCCUCCAGGGCUUCCUGCAGGACUUGGCUUCCUCCGGCCCCGACUUGGGCGGUGGGUGCUGCACCUACCGUGGCGUGGAGCUGGUCGGCUACUCCGAGGCUGCCGUGCGGGGCUUGGAACGGCUGCGGGGGGCCUUCCUGGACUCCAUGCGGAGGGGGCUGUGGGACUCCUAUCCCGGGCCCUCGCUGGACGCCGUGGCCGCCUUCGCGGCGAUCUUCGACCCGCGCGGUUACCCGCAGGCACCCGAGGAGCUGGGCGCGCACGGCGAGGGAGCGCUGCGGGUGCUGCUGCGCACCUUCGCCCCCGCCCUGGUGCGCCAGCGGGCGCUGGGCGACUUCGCGCUCUUCAAGCGCGUGGUGCGCAGCCUGGGGCGGCUGGGCCCGCGGGCCCUGUGCGCCAAGCUGGCGUGCGCUCGCUCUGAGCUGCACGAGCUCUUCCCGGACUUCGCCGCCCUUGCCGCUCUAGCCUUGGCGCUGCCCGCGGGCGCCGGCCUCCUGGACAAGGUGGGCCGCAGCCGGGAGCUGCGGUGGUGGGGGCAGAGCGGGGCCGGGGAGGGCCGGGGCGGCCCGGCGGUGAAGAUCGCCGUGGACGGGCCGCCGCUGCACGAGUUUGACUUUGCGCUGGCCGUGGAGUUCUUGGAGAGUGGGUGGGCGGAGGGGCUCCUGGGGUCGCAGCUCCCGUGAGGGAGGCCGCCUUCCCUCCGCCCAGUCAGCCUGGGGCCGGGGGCGCUAGUCUAGGGGGCCAAGGCGGAUCUGACUGAGCUACACCCAAGCUGACCGCCUCACCGUGGCCUCCCACCCACCUGCUCCGGGCUUCCUCCGCUCGGUGCCGAGUACUGACCGUGCCCGGUGGGCUGUGGAGGAAGGGCUGCGUCACGGGAGGCCUGGGCAAGCCGGCAGACAUGCUAGGUUUGGGGGCACCCUCAAUAUCGCUUCUGCCCUUGCCAGAGUUUGGUGAGGAGUAGCUCACCUUUUUCCGUCUGGACCAAGCCCAGAUUUGGGCCCUAGAAAAACUGAAGAGUCUUGGAGGGAGAGAGGAAGACUGGGUCUCAGGAAUUGAGGGACUGAGGGAAAGGAGAGGGGGUUCUUGGCUGUUAGCUCCCCCGCUGGCAGCAUCUCUUCUCUUCAGAUAGAACUGGAGAGGAGAUGACUUCCUUGUUUUUGACACACAGCACAACACCCUCUCUGUGCACAAGCUACCAGUUCAAGGGAGGUAGUGGUGCCCUACCUCCCCUGCCCACUGCGUGAGACUCUUCUGCAUAUGGCUGUGUAUAUAGACAUAUACAUCUAUCAAUGUAAAAUAAAUCUAUCUUGCAUAUUGUUAACACACAAAAAAUCUGAAAGGACUUCUUAUGGUUUUGCAAUGACAGGGUCCAGAAAAGUCCCGAUGGACUGGAUUUAUUUCUAAUUCUUUUCUUCCUCAGAGUCUGGUUGCUCCCCAAAGUUCCUAGCCUUCCCCUGCCCUUGCCUCAGACCUUUAAGACCAAAGACCCUAAAACCACGUGGCUGGACCGGCCAACUCUGAGGACCAGCCUCAGGCCUGAUCCAGGGGUUAGAGGGCUUUUUGCCUUCUGGAAGGAGUUGGGGCCUCACCAGAGCUAGGGGACAACAUCCCUUCAGAUUCCAACAGGUUUCCCCGUCUUCUCUGUCAGCCCUUGCAGUGAAUG